GAUUCACAUAUGGCCAUAUGGGUAUGUGAAAUAUCCAUAUUUUAUAAAAUAAGUCAACUAAUUUUAUUAAAUUAGGGAUACAGACAAGUAUCUGUCCACCAUAGCCGGAAAGUAUCAUGUCCCUCAUUCAUGAUGUCAAUUUCCAUCCAAUGGAUGGGUACACCAAGGAGCUCCAUCUCGAGGGCUAACAAUGAGAUCCACCGGGCUUAGUUUAUUUGCCUCAUUAACUCCUUUUCAUUCUGUAAUCCUUAAAGAGCGUGGUAGAUUUUCAUCAAAUUUGGGUUAUACGAACUCAAUAAAGUCAAAGAAGUUGCACUCUUACCAUCAAAAGUUCGAAUUGAAUACCGAAUCUGUAAUGGGUGCAGAGCGUUAUCUUCCUCCUUGGUUUAGUGUUGCUCCAAUGAUGGAGUGGACAGAUAGUCACUACAGAACUAUGGCCAGGCUCAUUUCAAAACAUGCGUGGCUCUAUACUGAAAUGCUUGCAGCGGAAACAAUUAUAUAUCAGAAGGGAAAUUUGGUAACAUUCUGCACAAAGGGGAUCCCUUUUGGAAUUCCAAAUCUCAUCAAUUAGAAGCAGAUAGGUUCUUGGCAUAUGGACAUGAGCAGCAUCCUGUUGUACUUCAAAUUGGCGGAAAUGACUUAGGAAAUCUGGCAAAAGCUACAGAACUAGCAACUCCUUACGGCUACGAUGAGAUCAAUUUUAAUUGUGGAUGCCCCAGCCCCAGGGUAGCUGGACACGGGUGUUUUGGGGCCCGCCUCAUGCUUGAUCCAAAGUUUGUUGCUGAAGCUAUGUCAGUUAUUGCUUCUCAUACAAAUGUGCCUGUUAGUGUUAAAUGCAGAAUAGGAGUUGAUGACCAUGAUUCAUACCACGAACUCUGCGAUUUCAUUUACAAAGUUUCUUCACAGUCUCCAACUCGCCACUUUAUUAUACACUCCCGUAAAGCACUACUUAAUGGAAUAAGUCCGGCGGAUAAUCGAAAAAUACCUCCCCUCAAAUAUGAGUAUUUCUAUGCUCUCUUGCGUGAUUUUCCUGACCUGCAGUUUACAAUAAAUGGGGGCAUAAAUACCAUUAAUGAGAUAAAUGCUGCUCGGAGCGAAGGUGCUCAUGGGGUGAUGGUAGGACGUGGAGUAUACAACAAUCCAUGGCAGCUUCUAGGAAAUGUUGAUAGCGCAGUAUAUGGUGCACCACGUAGCGAGCUGACCCGCCGACAGGUCCUGGAGAAGUAUCAGGCUUAUGGAGAUUCAGUGCUGAAAAUAUAUGGACAAGGACCCACCAUCAGGGAUGUUGUCAAGCCUUUGCUUGGUCUGUUUUAUUCAGAGCCUGGAAAUAGUCUUUGGAAGCGCAAAGUUGAUGCUGCUUUCCAACACUGCACUACUGUAAAAUCCCUUCUUGAGGAGUCAAUUGUGGCCAUACCUGACUACGUUUUGGACUCUCCUGUUGCUGAGAUGACAACUGGCUCUUCGAAUGCUUUUACCAUCGCUAAGAGCAUUCUGCCCACUCCAUAUAGAAUCAGAGAAGAAGAAACGCUGUAUUCCUAGAUAGUUAGACACUCUUACUUUGUUAAGCUAUAACUGAUUCAUCGCAGCUUGCAUGCCAUGCAUGUGAUUUUUUUUUACAUGCUAUAACUGUUUAGUUACACAGGCAUAUCCAUGCAUGUGAUUUUUUUUUUGGGUGCUGCUUGUAAAACCCGGUGAUCCUUAUACCUGUAUAAUUCUUUUGUGGAUUCAAAUACUUGAAUGAAUACAGCAUUCUAUAACAAAUUCUGCUGGUUCUGGUAGCAGAAGUUUGAAGUAUCAGUACUGUACGUAUUUUUGAGACCAUGUAUUGGUUAAAUUGAGAAGCACUUCAUGUCUUCACACCAUGAUUAUGAAAAUAUG